GUCCGAAUCCCGAUAGGUAGCGACGUCACUCAGAGUGUCGAUAAGCUUCCACACUUUCCCGAUUUAGGUUACAUUUAGGCAUGCUAGGCCCCAUCCUCGAGAAACUUUGAUAUUGGGUAUUGUGACUGUAAAUUUAUUACCUCAAAUAACUGGUUCUACCUAGAAAUAUUAUAGUCUAUCGCUUCCUUUGGUUUGUAGCCACGAUGUUCUGGAGUAAAGGACCGGAGAAAACUGAAGUUGCGAAAGAUAAGAAGCCAGAAGCCCCGCCAUCCGCAGCAGCCAACACCAGCUCGCGCAGCGAUGCCAACGAGUUCGAUCCCAAUAAGCUCCCAACGCAGCGCAAGCUGCCAAAGGAUUUACAGAUGAUCGUGGACAAGGCUGACAAAGAUGAGAAUUUCUUUGAUGAGCUCGUAGAAGGAUAUGCGCCCGAUUCUACAGAGUCCAACCUGCGAUAUGCCGCCUACGCAAACCGACUGCGAACUAUUAUGCUCUCGGCUCAUCGUUAUGUGGCAUAUACUUCGGACAUAGGAGAGUCCUUCAGGCCUAUCGCACAUCCGUGGCUAGUCAGAAGCGCAUAUGGUAUAUCUUGGGCGUACAUCUUAGGCGAUGUCUCGUACGAAGGAUACAAGGCCUACUGGCAGAACCAGCGAACGUUAAACCCGCAGAUAGUCCUGUCAGAAAAGCAGCAGAAAGUUACCGGUUUGUCGAUUACCGCGCCUGCUGAUGCAACCCCCGGAGUCGUGUCGCCGUUGGAGGAUUACCGCACCGUUAUGGUCCAACGAGGUAUCUUCCAGAGUCUUGCUUCGAUGGGAUUACCCGCUUUCACGAUCCACAGUGUUGUCAGAUACUCGGGGAGGGCACUGAAGGAUGCUAAGAAUAAGACGAUCAGAGUGUGGGGUCCUAUAGGGCUUGGCCUUGCUAUCGUACCGUUCUUACCGACGCUUUUCGAUAAGCCGGUCGAAAAUGCUGUUGAGUGGAUGUUCCACAAGGGUUUUGCAGCAUACGGUGGGCAGGGGUACGUUGGUGAAUCCCCAACGACAGGACGUGAAGCCGCCUUGGCACAGAGGCCAAAUAUGCAGUUGAAAGAAAAGGAAUUGUAGGAAAACGAAUACUAAGAUAAAAGAUGAACCAGCAUAUAUGGCGUAAAGAGAGACGUCUCUACUCUCCGGGGACAUGUUUUGAUAUCACUACAAAGCCUGAAUUAGGGGUGAUGGGGGGUCACCAUGGAAUGCGUGUAUACAUUGCGCUUCGAAGUAAGCUGUGUCUAUAUAGCACAUCCAUAAAUAUAAAUCAGCCU